GGUUGUGGCCAAGGAAUAGGGAAGUUUUGCUGGGGGUUACAUUCGCAGUCAUCUCAGUGUUUGCAAAUAUUGAGUAGGCUCCUGAGCAAGUAUCUUCUGGAGAGAACCCCAGGAGUGGAAAGCAAGAUUUACCAGCAGCAGCUGCAUUUUGGAGACUGCAAGAUAUAUAUAUAUAUAUAAAUAGAUCUAUGUAUAUAUAUAUAUAUCCAUACCUUGAUAUUGCUGUGCAAUUAAACUUUGCAUGAAACUUUUGCUUUAUCAUUAUUAUAUUUAAAAAAAUACCCUUUGCAUCUGAACUGCCGAAGAGGAAUUUAAUAUAUAAUUAUUUUUAUUUUUGAAAGAGGAAAAAAACAAACCUGUCUUCUUCUUUGUGGCCGUCUGGAGGAGGAGGAGGAGGAGGAGGAAGUGGGACUUUGUAAAUAGCUGGUCGUAUUUCUCUCGCCAUCACCUGCCAUCACGACUACCGACGACAGCAGCAGCGGUAGCAGCUGAGAAACAUCUGUAGCGGUGUUGAUACUUGUGCUUUUUCUUCUUCUUCCUUACGACGAGACACAUUGCAAUCGGACGUUGACCCUGUGGAGGGUUUAUUUGUUGCAACUUCUUUUCCCCCCUUCCCCUUGAAAACAAAAAAAAAAACAAAAACCAUGGAUGUGCUUCCAAUGUGUAGCAUCUUUCAGGAACUCCAAAUUGUCCACGACACUGGUUACUUCUCCGCUUUACCAUCUCUGGAGGAAUAUUGGCAACAGACAUGCUUAGAGCUGGAACGAUACCUUCAGAGCGAGCCUUGCUACGUAUCUGCCUCUGAGAUAAAAUUUGACAGUCAAGAGGAUCUGUGGACCAAAAUUAUUUUGGCGCGUGAGAAAAAGGAGGAAUCUGAACAGAAGGCCACGUGUGUUCCAAAGGAGGAAAGCAUAAAGACUCAGAGUUUAGAGACUAACAGCUUGAAUUCUGACAUCAGCAGUGAAUCUUCUGACAGCUCUGAGGAACUUUCGCCUACAACAAAAUUUACAUCUGAUCCCAUUAGUGAUGUCUUGGGCUUGACCAGUACAGGAAACUUGAGUUCAUCUGUCACGUCGACUCCUCCUUCCUCCCCUGAGUUGGGGAAGGAAGCUUCUUCCCAACCGUGGAAUUCUGCACCUGGUGAAUUGCAUUCGCCGGGCAAAAUUCGUACUGGUAGUGGUGGAAAGACUGCAGAAAAGGGUGCCCCAGUGAACGGCGAUGCCUCUCCAGAUGGGAGGCGGCGGAUCCACAGGUGUCAGUUCAAUGGGUGCAGAAAGGUUUACACCAAAAGUUCACAUCUGAAAGCACAUCAACGUACCCAUACAGGAGAAAAGCCUUACAGAUGCUCAUGGGAAGGGUGUGAGUGGCGUUUUGCGAGGAGUGAUGAGUUAACCAGACACUUCAGAAAGCACACGGGUGCCAAGCCUUUUAAAUGUAGUCACUGUGACAGGUGUUUCUCCAGGUCCGACCACCUGGCCCUGCACAUGAAGAGGCAUCUCUGAGUGGGUGAAGAGGUCGAAUCCUGUGGGCUAAGAGGCUUCGAGGUCAACCAGCCUUGAAAGAAGGGAUGCGUGUUCCAGCCAAAGCAUGCCAUUUUGCACCCUAACCCAGUUGCCUCCAGGGCCUCUCUUCCUUGGAAGGUCUUCAGAGGGCUAAACAAGUCAUGUAAGGAAACGGCAUAGCGACCGCACGGUUGUGGGUCUCGUACGCUGGCACCCAACCUUCUACGCCUUCUGCCGUGAGCACGUGCACUGAGAAUGUUAAUGAUUGGACGACUGUAUGUUAUUGAGGAUCGUACUGGGCGACUGUAUGCUGAGGCACAUGAAUACUUUUUGUUUGUUUGUUUCAUUUUCCUUCCGUUUCGUUCCUCGUGGUUGUUUUAUAACCGUAAGCGAGAGAGAGAGAGGAAAGGUCAGCUGAAUGGGGGAGGGCAGGGGAAUCAUUUGCGUAUGUGAGGAGUAUGCCGCAAGAAAGGAGCGAUCAAUCAUUUCCAAGGGGCGGGGCGAAAGGGGUGUCUGCACCUUUAAAAAUAAAAAAAAGAAAGAAAAAGAAAGAGGGAGGGGAAGAUGGAGGGGAGGGGGUGGCAAGUCAGGACACCAGAAUGGAGGGAGGGGCCCCUAUCCUGUGUGAGAGGAGCUUUUGGUGUCUGGUCCAGCUCUUAAAUGUGCAAUGUGUCAAGUAGCUUGUUUUACUUGCUACAGAGCUCAUUUGUAAUCCAUUGUAUAAGCUGUGUAUUUACAAUAUAACACAACCUAUAACUUUUUCAUUAUAAUACAAAGAUUAUUGCAUGGUUCUGGGGAACUAUAUGCUUUUCCAUUCUUUAAUCAGGACUUGCAGGUAUUUCUUUUGUUUUCUCUCCCCCUCUCUCAAUUCCAGUUAAAAAGCUGCUACAAUGCAAUUGGUUUAAUGUUACAUAACAUACAGAUCCUGGAUUUUUAUUUUUUUAUUUUUUUUGUCCUGUUGGGUGGAUAAAACCACUGUAGGUUAGAAACUGUAAUAUUUUUUAAGAAAAGAAAAGAAAAUUCUCAUGCAGCUAUGUUGGGGUUUUGUUUUUUUGUUCCUUUUCUCUUUUAUUUAUGCCUUGAGGUCUCUUAAUUUCUGGUUUUCUAGCUGUUAAUGCACUGUUGACCUUAAUAAUGGUGCCUUAUGCAAAAGUGAUCUCUUCUCGCAAGAGGUCUUAUACAGGGGUAUGGGUGAUUUGUGCUUCAUUAAGGCUCUCUUGUCACCUGACAUUUGUACUGUAUCAAAUGUAAAUUAUGAAGAGGUGGAGGAAAGCAUAGGCUGAUCUUCAGGAUCUUCAGGGUUUUUUUCCAUGUAGAAAAGCAUCUUUGGACAUGUCAAUACAAUAUUAUACUUUUCCUUUUAAAAAUCCCAUGGAAUAAUAUGACCGGUUCUGCUACAUUGAAAAUCCCUCUUUAUACAUCCUUGCACAACCAAUAAUAUGUGUACAGAACAUGCACCCUGAACCUCCCUUUCCCAUGUACCUCAAAAUGUUACAAUUCCUCCCUUUUUAAAAGUGUAGGAGCAUUACAAAAAUAAUCAUUUGCUUAAAAUGGCACAAGUUCCAUGUCUUUAUAUCAAGCUUUCUCUUGGUUAAUACUAAAAUAAAACUCUCUCUUUUUUAAAAUGGAAAAAGCAAAGCAAAACAAAAAAAAGUUACCAAGCAGGCAGAAAGUUUCUUGGGUGUAUAUAUUUGUUUGUAUAGUAUUUGUAAGCACUGUGUGUUUGUGUUGUGUGUGUGUGUGUAUGAAUAAUAUAUAUUUUUCAAGGAAAGAAUUGAGUUCUUUCCUGUGAAAUAUGGCAGCCCAUAAGAAGUCCUCUGCUUUUCCUUAAGUUUUGUAAAGGAAGCAAACAAGUGGUGGUCACUAAACACAUAAAAACAUUUUUUUUAAUAUUAUUAUUGGCUUGCAGACUACUUUAAAAAGGAUUUGGGCAGCAGCCUGGGGGUGGAAGAGAGGCUCCGAUGGGCGCAAGUGAUUCUUGCAAAGAGAAAGCUAGGCUGCAUUCGCUUCUGUGUCAGGGGGCGCACUUGCGAGCUCAAAAAUCCCCGACCGUCAAACGAAUGGAGCAGAGCGGAACCUUUUCCUGAGGCUACUGCGGGAUUGGGAAUCUUUCAAUGCAACUUGGCAGCUUUCUGAAUCAGGUUCUCUCUCUCCAGACCAAUGAGCCUGCCAUUUCUCUUUUACCUUGGCAAAGUCCCAAGACUGCGCCUUUUGUCCCAACUGGACCUUCCAACCAACUUUCUGCUGGUGUCUGGCUGGCUCUCCAUCUGUCCCAAAGGGCACUGAUUUGGUACAUCACCUUGAGUGCCUAGCUCACUUAGUGACAUGAUUCCACAUCAUCUGGAAGCGCUACGUCAGAAGUAGGGAACCUUUGGUCUCUCUGAUGUUGUUGAACCACAACUCUCACAAUCCCUGACUGUUGACCAUUCUGGCAGGGGCUGAUGAGAGUUGUGGUUGCAUGGCAUCUGGAGGGCAACGGGGUCUUCAUCUCCUGUGCCGCAUUUAGCAGUUGAUCAUUCUAGCAGAUGACCGCAACAACAACAAAAACCCUCCAACCCAAAUCCACCGCUUUGGCUUCUGUCUAGAAGCUUAUUGAGACGAUCUAGGAAUGAGCUCCUCGAUGAUUGCUUUGUUACUUUGGGUAUUUACAUUUCAGCUGAAGGCGCAAGAUGGUUUUCAUGAGAGAGCUUAGAUGCAGCCGUCCCCAGAAGUUAAGUCAGUGAGUUUCAGAACUGCCUUCCACAGCAGUGCUGUACUUACCCACAAACCACAGUGAUAGCCUAUUUCUUGCUGUUUCGGACAUCUUUUCCAGGAACUGGUGGUGAAGGUUAAAUACUUCUCUAGAACACAUUAGACACUAAUUUAUCCAAUUCUAAGGAACACACAGGCCUGCCCCUUUUGUAUUGUGUUCAAUUUUUAUAUACUUGAGUGUGCACUUUUAAAAAAACAAAAAGUAAAAAUGCCCUAGGAAAAAGGUUUAUAUUGUCUACAAUCUGUAGGGCUCUCAUGUUCCAUGUGGAGCUUCAUGCAUGUAGGAUCUGCCUUGCUCUUUUUUCCCCGUUGAGGGACUUCCUUGCAGCUAUAGUGAGAGAAACAUUUCAUACAUGGAGCAUUCUCCAUAGUAAAAAUGGGAGGUCUAUACAUGUAUGUUUAUCAGGAUCAUCACAAGUGGAACAAGGCGAUUAAGAAGGGUUUUUCUAUUUGUUUGGGGGUAUUUCAGGGGUGGGUUUUUUGUUUACCUAUUUUGCAAUGCUUUCUGCUGAAGCAUAAUAACUCUAUUAAUGCUCAAGUAGGAAAACAUGGAAAUUUAAUAAAUCCCCUUGCAUUAGCUUUUCUUGAUUGCGAAGCAUCAAAACGUUUUUGGAAUGGGGGGCUGUGUGCCAUACGUCAAAUUAUGCCUGUCAGUUUUGUAAGUUUAAACAAGUACAUUUUGUUCAGGUGAUAACUGAGCCUCAAUAAAGCGGAGAGAAAAAAAAUUGCUUGAAAUUUCAGAAGAGAAUUUCUAUUCGUAAAAUUUCUUUAUUUCUUUCUUUUUUCCUUUUUUUGUUCGUUUGUUUUUUGGAAGCACCCUGUUAUCUAAAGAAUCUCUUUGUAAGAUUUUUGUAAAAAAAAUUGUUUUACAAGAUUUUAUUUGAAAUUGUUUUUUGCAAGAUUGUUAUAUUUCUGUAUGAAUGUAUUUUUUAUUGGAAUAACAUAAAAAAAAAAUUCUUAUCA